AUGGCCAUGGCCACGGCGCAUGGCCCGGGAGAUCCCAUCGUGCUUGUCCGGGAUAGCUUCAAGCACUACAUCGAGGCCUUCGGGCAAGUCUCUCUGAGAUGGACCCAAGUUGCGAUUCCCGAGGCGGUGCUACAGCACUUGACUGAGCUGCAGAGGCGCUGGCAUCCCCUUCAUGUGCCGGGAAAGUGCGCAAGCUCGAAGCAGGUCGAGGAGUUGGCGGCUCUCUGCCGCGAAUGUGGCCUCGCCUCGGCCAAGGCAGUGGUCGCUUGCGACAGGGUGCUCCGACGACAAAUCCAGGAACCCAAGAAAAACUGUGAUAGAUCUCGACUCGAAGAUAGCCCACCUGCUGCUACUGACCAAAGAGAGGAGCUGCGGCAGCUAAUGGCGAAGCGCUUGCAGCGCGCCUACCGCGGAUUUCAGCAGCGCCGAAGACGCAGCAAGCUGAAGGCCGGCAAAGUUCUGGCCACUUCGCUCGUCUGCUGCCUUGCGGCACAAAUACGGCAAAGCCUACAUCACUGGCGCUCCGGAGUCGCGAGGCAGCAAGCUGCAGGUGUCAUUGCAAAGGCUGCCCAAGGCUGGCUGUCUCGGCGGUGUGCAUACAGAGCUGCGAAGCUCUUCCAUGCCCUUCGCUGCGCUGAAAACCAGCGGAGCUUCAGGCUGACGCGAAGACACUUUGCAGCCUGGACCUGGAAAUUGGAAUUUUAUCAGCGAUGGGCGAAGCGUGAGGAAGACUUAGCUCUAACGUCCCUCGACGCUGUCGAGAAGCAACGUGACUUCUGGUGCCUAUUUCCAAGCGAUGGAAAGACUGCAGUCGCCAAGGCCCAAUUCGAUUGGUUCAAGAAGCGCUUGGCGUGGCUGGCAUGGGUGAUUGCAAUGUCCAUAGAGCGCAAAACAUAG